AUGAAGGAUGGUGUGAAGGUAGUUAAACUAAAUCCAAAAGAAAUUGAAGAGCAGAACCAGAAAUGGAGUCUAGCCCUAAUUGGGUAUGUCAUUGGAGGAAACCCCACUUUUAAGGAGAUGCUCAAAUUUGUAUAUGGAGUAUGGAAUACAGUUAAUACCCCUCAGGUAUAUCUCCAUAACGAUGGGUAUUUUUUAUUCAAAUUUGACUGUGAGGAAGAUAAGACUACAAUCCUACAGAAUGGGCCAUAUACCUUUAACCACAGACCUCUUGUGCUCAAGCAAUGGUGUCCAGAUUUUCAGAUGAGUAAGGAACCGGAUCAAAACAUUACUAUGUGGGUGAUGCUCCCAAACUUGCCAAUCCAAUUUUGGACUGCUGGAAACCUGGGAAGAAUAGCCAGUUGUCUAGGAAGACCAAUUUGUACUGAUAAAUUGACAGCACAGGAAGACAGAAUUGCUUAUGCUAGGAUGUUAAUUGAAAUGGACAUAUCACAACCAUUACCGGAUGAGAUUCCAUUAGAGAUGCCCAAUGGACAAUGUAGUAUGCAGGUUGUGGAAUAUGAAUGGAAACCCCUAUUUUGUCAAGACUGUCUUCAAAUGAGACAUGUUACAGGCAGCUACAGGAAACAACCUGAUGACAAUGUCAAUUGGAAACAACAGCAAGUGAACAAAGAAAGGAAAAAUCAAAAAAAGGAAUGGCGAGCUAAAAAUGAUCCAAGCAAGGAAGAAGGGAAGGAACAGGAACUGAACCUAAUAGCUAGGGCCUCAACAGUUGAACAACCUGAAAGCUCAAAUGCUGCAGUCAAUUCGAGCACAACAUGGCACCAGUCUGAAGACAGGCCAAUGGAGAGACUUAACAAUAAUGAUAGAGGGAAACAGUUACAGAAGGAACCAGAAGUACAAGAUAAAAUAAGGGCAAGUAUGGAAAUGGAGAGAGUGCUAAGUCAGAAUAAGUUUAAUGCCUUGAGGAUUCAUACAAAGAAAACCACAAGCAAUGUGGGAAGGGUUCUUAAUGCAAUCAAAAAGAACCCUCCAUGA